AUGCCAGAGAAAGCAAUCCGAGAGAAAACACUGAAUUCAUACCCACGUGAUUCAAAGAUGAGUAAGAAGAAGAGAAGUAGCCAGAGAAGAACAGCUGGAACAGCUGGAACAGCUGGAGCGUGCAUUCAGGACUCCACAUCUGACCAGAGACUGAAGUGUUUCAGGGACAUUAUGGACGUCGUUCUUCAUCUGAGCGAGGAGGAAUGGAAGGCUGUGACCAGGGACAUGACGAAGAAGGUCACAAAGUUGGAGUUUGCGGCUCUGUGCACGAAAAUCGUGAUGUCAGCGGCGUCUUCUGCCAUUAGGUGUUUACUGACGCCUCUCGUGGAAAGCUUCGGGAUCGAUUCGAUUCUCCAGGCAAACGACAAGCUGAAGAAAAUGCCCGAGUCUAAAUGGAGGAAGUGGUCUGACUCAGACACCUCAGCUCAAAGAUCACCUAUGGAGACGUCUGAUUUCAUCUGUCAGCUCGUUCAGAGAGUCGUCACUCAGACAACAGCUGCGAUGCUGGAGGCGAUCCGGAGAGUGGCAUCAGGACGGAGGACGAUCUGCUCGGCGAGAGCUUCAUCACCUGUAGAAGAUCAGAUCUCACAGCCAGAUCUCAGCAUCGCAUGCACUAAUGAGAUCUGUGAUAAGAUCUUGGCUCUGUGUUACUCUGGUGAUUUCGACAGCCCUGGAGGAGAGAAAACUUCAGCAGCGUCGCUAAAGUCCCACCAGGAGGUCCAGGGAAUAAUGAAGGGCUUGGAAGAAGUUGUCUCCACCAGCAGGUCCCCUUUUGAGUUAACUCUAAAAUCCUCGACCCCUGAUUCGGUCCCUGUGACGACUAAAGUGAUGGCUCCUGAUUGUGCUGAGAGGCUUUUCAGUGAUCAGUUUCUGAGCAAAGCCACACAAGCAGUCAGAAAAGUUCUUCUGAAAACAGAGGAAAAAAUCGCUGCUGCAAUGUCGUCCCAAACCUCCGUCCCUGUCCGCAGUGAGACGGAAAUGAAUUCGCUGACGGAGGAGGUCAAGAGAACAGCCUCAAAAAUUCUGUGGGAAUUAGUUUUUAUACUUACACAGUCACUGUGUAAAAGUUCAUCAGGCGUCAGUUGCAAUGCUGCUGACCAGUCUGGACCAGAAGUUGAGAGGAAGAACUUCCUCUCUGGUGCUCGAAAGAUCUACGAGAACAUCUUCAAGCGGGUGUUUGAGUUCACCUCUGGGCGGAAGCAAGCCAUUUCCGAAAAAAACAAGUCGUUCUUGGACGUCUGUCCUAAAACUGCUGCCGAGCUCGAGGGCAGGUCGGAGAACGUCCAGGAGUCUGCUGCUGCUGAACGUUACCUCGAUAAAGCCAUUCUGGUUGCGAGUGAGAUCCUAGAGAAGUGGUUAUCUUCAAAAAUUUCCACAGGUUUAUUCAGCGGGAAAGAUUCGGGUUCCAGCACAGAGUCGUCACCGACGGCGUCAGUAGAUCUGGAUCGAGUCACUGCUGAAAUCGUAAAUACGGUGAUCAGCGGAAUGGCUCUCGAGAUCGGAACAACUGACAUGGAAAACGGAUCGGAUGCUCAAGUAGGUGAAGCUCAGGUGAGUGAUGCUGAUGCUCGCCCAGCUCCCUACUCGGAGAAAUCCUCAGAUGUUAUCACAAAGCACCGAAGUCUUGCUGGAUUCAGAGAGAAAAAGAGACCGUCGUGCUCGAGCCUGGAGAACGCAGCAGCAGCAGCAGCAGCAGCAGUGACUGAUGCUCAGAGCCUCGUGUCCAUCAGCGAAGCUCCAAACCUGCAGGCUGUUAUUGACAGCUGCACUGAGGAGCUGAUUGAAAAGAACGCAGAUUUAUUACUGCGUGACAAGCUGCCGGCCAAGUCCCGCUCUUCUAAAGUACCUUGGUUCAGACGGUUUGCGUUCUUGCAGCCGCGUAAAUCCGGUCGUCUGAGGUCUGAGGUGAGCAGUUCUGUCCCUCUGAGGUCUAAGGAGUUCCUCAAUAAAGCCACUCAGAUGGUGAGUGAAAUGCUGCUCAGAAGGCUGUCGACAGCAGAUUCCUCGAGAUGCUCGUCAGAAGAUGAGCAGAGUGCCGUUAGUACUGCAGAUUCGCUCGUCAGCGUUUUAUACGAAUGCGAUGAGUCUGUGAAAGACGAGACUAAGAGCUCUGACGCUCUCGAAGCCUUUUCCUGCCUCUUUGAUGUCAGAGAAGCAGAAUCUGCCAAAAAGCCACAGAACAUCUUGAGAAAAGUGCGAAGUCUCCUUCAGGCGUUUUUCUCAAAGGCAUCUAAAGCUCUGAGCUCUCCCACACACGAGGAAAGGGUGGAGGAGCAGGUGGACCUGGACCUGUGCACCAACAGCGUCAUUACUGAGGUCACUGAUUUGUUAAGGAGUGAGCUGACAGCUCCUCCUACAGUGAAGAACGAUGACGCCCAUUUCCAGACCGAAUCCACCAGGCGUGUGAGUGACCUAAUCUUCCGAAUGGUGGAAUCCUGUCCUCUGCUGCCCUCACAAUUCCCAAAGGAACAUCUCAUGAAAGUGUCGUCAGCUUUAAAUCUGCAGAUCCUUUCUACUGAGAUUUCCCAAACUGUUAGCGCCACUGUGCGGCAGUUUAUAGAUGCAGACAGGAAGUCGAGGCCUUCAGUCCAGAACAGUUCAUUCGCUCCUCUGCACCUUUUCACUGUGGUGCGCAAUCAGCUGAAGGCUUUCUUAACUUCCUUCUCUAAACAUGUUGCUGACGAUGAAAGGACAGAUGCGUCAGCGCAGUCAGACGGGGAUGAGGAUCGUGUAACUCCCAUCUACAUCAGUGAGGAUGGCACGGUUCAUGAGCUAACAGAGAUGGAGGAUCUUUCUCCAAAGGAGAUGAUCCAUCGACGAGCAUGUGCUACAAAGGAUGUAGUUCCAAAACUCCCCUUAAGGGACGUGGAUAGGGCAGAUGUUGGCCAGUGUUCAUCGGAUUCUGUUCCAGGGAGAGAGAACAACAUGUUACGCUCCAUCCAGUUACCUUCCGAGUGCGUUUACAUGUUUGCAGAGGAGUCCAUCAAGGCUUUACUGAAGAAUGUGCUAAAUGCCGGGCCGAGUGCAGGAAACGAAGCACAGGAAAGCAGCUUCAUGGACAAAUCAACGGGUUGUCCGUUUGCUACAGUGCUCGCACAUGAAAUCGAGGAUGCUGGGACUUCCUCUAAGUCUCCUCAGCUAUCAGCAGCUCCCUCUUCACACACAGAAUCGAGGGCCUCGGGGCGGUUCUUCAGGAGCGCUCGCAGAAUGCUUGGCCGGAUCUUCUCCCCCAUCUGCAAUUUCUUCGACAGACACCCCAACUUUAAAGCUGUGUGUUUUGGUGUGUUAAUGGGUUCUAUUGCGUGUUUUUGUGUGGGUGUGCUUGUGUUUACUUCGGUGUUACUGUUUACAUAAUAAACACAUGUAAUGUACUGAAAUGUUUUUCCU